AUGCCCCUCUUUAAAAAAAAGCCCAAGACUCCUCCCACGAUCAACUCUCCUGCAUUCCGAUCCGUCGAGCAUCUCCCAUCUUCGGUCGCAUUCCCUGGCGAUCUUGACCGACGCUUUUCCGUCUCCACCAACGAACCAGUGCCGCCACUUCCACCUCAACAUCCUGCGCAUUCCAACGUGGUUCAUCGCUCGCAGAGUCACCGCCGUCCGAACACCUUGAACAACCAUUCGGUAGUCCCGCCCGCCGCUGCUGCGCCUCCGCGCAUUGUCGAUGCUGACCCUUCCGAUCAGUCGUGGCCACACCCACAGCCAGCUGAGAGACCAGAGGAGCACGAAAACCCGCGACGGUCCAGAAGAAACCUCUUUUCCCUCCACUCGCAUUCGUCGUCAUCUCAAGCCCCUCGGGAGUCAACUGGGUUCUUGGAACGUAGUCGUUCCGUAAGGAAAACGUCUCCGGCCCCGCAACGACAGGAGCAACGUCCCUUGUCGGUGGAUACGGCCGCCGACCCCCACUCGCCGUCAAAAUCGAGGGAGUAUGUGGUAGACACCACCCAAGACCCUUCCAAGUCCCCCGUGCUACAGGAACAAGCCAUUCCACACGAGCCUCGACCACCUCGCUCGCCGCAGACCCCCUCCAUACAACGAUCGAACACCGAUUCCACGCUUCUCGAGCACAUAUACCGUCCAUCCCCUGUGGAGCCCAAGCAUCCGGGCGAAUUAGCUCCGGGCCCGGUCCAGCAACAAUCACAACAACAGAAUCAAUUGGGUCUGCCUCGUCCUUCGUCGCGACAGUCCCUGGGACCUCCCUCGCCGCUACCACCCCCGCCCGCUUACUCCGACCAUUCUGCCUCACAGAGUGCCAUGUCCGAUCGUCCGCCCAGUGGCCAGCGCGCCCCAACGGCGACUCCACCGCCGGGCGGCCAUCAGUCAUACCCGCAAGGCAAUAACAACCAGGAUGCCACAGCACGCAACAAUGCUGCCCAACAACCGGAACCGGGUCGUAGUACGCCCACGUCCACUCGCAUUCGUGACGAAGGAGAGAUUGAUGUGCGUACUUUAGUGCAGAAGCAUGACGAACUUCAGGCGAAGUACUCCAAAGUAAAAAGAUAUUAUUUCGAGAAAGAGGCUCAGGUACAACAGCUGCAGAAUACCGUCGCCCAUCAGCGCAUGGCCGUGUCGCGUACAGUGCUGGAUGACAACGAGUAUGCCAACCGAUUUGGUCGUCUAGACGGCGCCAUUAAGGAUCUGGCAUUUGCAUUCCGAAAAGACUGGAAGAGCCUCCCCAAGUGGCUGAUGGGUUACGUAAAUGAUGAUGCGCACAUCACCGGCACGAAAGAGAUGACCGCGAUUGGUCGGGCAGUAAUUAGUCGGUGGCUUGUGGAGGAGUUGUUUGAGCGUUUCUUCCACCCGGCACUAGAUCCCACUUUCAGUCGACAGUUGAAGAGCAUUGAGAUGAACCUGCGCCGGCAGCAGGGAAAUACUCUCACCGACGAGGAUAAGGAGAACGCGAUCGCGCGCAUUUCCAAUUGGCGACGGACGACCUUGGAUGGUCUCACAGAUGCGCUGCAGGGACCAGCUGCCGACGAACACCGGGGUCAGCUGAUUGACCAUCUGGUAGAUAGUCUGGUUGCCAACCUCGUGUCGUAUCUGGGUGAUCCUCCGCCACCCGGGCUGGACAACGGUGCGCGGAUGAUUGUGGAGAAUGCAGUAGGCAUUGCGGAUAAGGUCCCCCUGGAGUCGCGCGACGUCUGUAUUGAGUACAUCCAUCCCGGCACUCUCCUACACGAGCCGAACAUGAAACUCGAGGCCGGUCUUCCACCACUCGCGAAUGUCAGUGUCGAAUCCGCCGCAGCGCGAAGGUCCGGCGAUCAGGAACACCUCGAAGGACCGCCUGACGAGGCUGAUAGAGAGUCGUCCGGGUCAACGAGCCAGGAAGGCGCGCCGGGCGCACCGCAUCCCGGACGGGAACCGCGCAUGCGGUCGGUAAUUAGCAAGGUGAUGGGACGGAGAACAAACCAAGCUGUCGCUCCGAACCCCGGUGGCAAUGGCGACAUGCGUCCUCCCACGGUUAUGGAAGAACGGACCAGCAUGGGAGCGGGGCGCAUUCGGUUUGCAUCCUUCAUUACCGCGGAAGUUAGGGGACGAGGUCCGAUGAAUGUGUUGGUCAAGGCGCCUGUAUAUUUGAUGGACUAA